CUCGGCACGGUCACGCACGCACUCCACUGCACUGCACUGCCCGCUUUGUUGCUCUGUGCCUGUGGGCUGUGGCGUCUGUGACCGUCAGGCGUCAGCUCGUGUCCUCGCCUGCUCGUCCUCCUUCCUCUCCGCUGGUGCUCUCUCUCUCUUCCCUCCACGACUCCACGGACGGUCAGGGCAAGGGCACGGUCUCGCACCGAGCCACGGGCGCACGCAUCGCGAAAGCGCGGCCACCGGCUUGUGUUGGGUAGGAGGACUGGCAGGGGCACCAGGCGGCGGAGCGGAGCUCGGGGGCUCGGACGCCAAUGGCGCAUGUGGCUUUUGUUGCGCUCCUCUUCUUGCUGCUCGUCGGGCAUUGCCUCGGAGGCAAGGUUGGCAUCUGCUACGGCCGCAACGCCGAUGACCUGCCGGCGCCGGACAAGGUGGUGCAGCUCAUCCAGCAGCAGUCGCUCAAGUACGUGCGCAUCUACGACACCAACAUCGACGUCAUCAAGGCCUUCGCCAACACCGGCGUCGAGCUCAUGGUCGGCGUCCCCAACUCCGACCUCCUCCCCUUCGCGCAGUACCAGUCCAACGUCGAUACCUGGCUCAAGAACAGCAUCCUCCCCUACUACCCGGCCACCAUGAUCACCUACAUCACCGUCGGCGCCGAGGUCACCGAGAGCCCCGUCAACGUGUCCGCCCUCGUCGUGCCUGCCAUGCGCAAUGUGCAUACUGCCCUCAAGAAGGCCGGCCUGCACAAGAAGAUCACCAUCUCGAGCACGCACUCGCUCGGGAUACUGUCCCGGUCGUUUCCGCCGUCCGCGGGGGCGUUCAACAGCAGCUACGCCUACUUCCUGAAGCCGAUGCUGGAGUUCCUCGUGGAGAACCAGGCACCGUUCAUGGUGGAUUUGUACCCCUACUAUGCGUACCAGAACUCACCAAGCAAUGUCUCGCUGAACUACGCGCUGUUCUCGCCGCAGUCUCAGGAUGUGAUUGACCCCAACACCGGACUGGUUUACACAAACAUGUUCGAUGCGCAGAUCGAUUCCAUUUUCUUUGCACUGAUGGCUCUGAACUUUAAGACUCUGAAGAUCAUGGUCACCGAGACAGGGUGGCCAAACAAAGGGGCAGCUAAGGAGACCGGAGCAACACCUGACAAUGCUCAGACCUACAACACUAAUCUCAUUCGUCAUGUUGUUAAUGACAGCGGCACACCUGCAAAACCUGGGGAAGAAAUUGAUGUGUACAUUUUUUCAUUGUUCAAUGAGAACAGGAAACCAGGAAUUGAGUCUGAGAGGAACUGGGGGCUGUUCUUCCCUGACCAAAGCUCUAUAUACAGUCUAGAUUGGACUGGCAGAGGCAAUGUGGACAUCAUGACUGGAGGAAACAUUACAAAUGCAAAUGGUACUUGGUGUGUUGCUUCUGCUAAUGCGUCUGAGACAGAUCUACAGAAUGGUUUAAAUUGGGCAUGUGGACCAGGCAAUGUUGAUUGCUCUGCUAUUCAACCGAGUCAGCCCUGCUACCAGCCUGAUACAUUGGCAUCACAUGCUUCAUAUGCCUUCAACAGCUAUUAUCAGCAAAAUGGAGCUAACGAUGUAGCUUGUGACUUUGGCGGUACUGGAGUGCGGACAACUAAAGAUCCAAGUUAUGACACUUGUGUUUAUAUGGCUGCCGGGAGUAAGAUGAGCACAACAAAUUCAUCCAACCUUCCAGUUCAAAGUGGGUUCAGCCCAUCGCGAUUCGACAAAAACUUCUACCUGUUGUUCUCCAUGCUACCCAUUAUGAUUGCUGCAUGCAUUGUGUGAUAUGUUCGGAGAGAGAUCUUGCAGAAGCCUUUUGCCAUGGAGGAUGGAACGGUAAUCGCCUGAUACUGGAAACCAGUACUGGUUUGUUUGUCAUAGUUAGCGGAGUGUUGUAGUAUGACUAUGUAGUAGGAAACUAGGAAUUCUCUUGCCUUGCGCGGACAGCAUAUAUGAGUUAGCAUUAUGAACUAGGAACAUUGCAGAUGAUGUCUCUUGGUAGUUAUAAUCCUAUUAUGCUCGCUGGAUUUUUCAGUGCCACUAA